UGCUCUUCGGUAAAAAAUAUAUACUUUUACUAUCAAAUAAUGUUCAUUGAAUUUAUGUAUUAUCCUUAAUGGCGCCAGCUGAAAAAGAAAAAGAAGUGUUGGGGUGCACAUGCAAUUUGGCCCCUUUUGAUGUACCAAAUAAAUACCUUUCAAAACCAUAUAUUGAAGCAUUUUUAAGAGGAUUAAAUAGUUUGCGAAAGAAUGAUAUUUUCUGUGAUGUUCAACUCGUAUCUAAAGGAUAUUGCAUUAAUGCACAUAGAGCAAUUUUGGCUGCCAGUAGUCCAUAUUUUUAUGCUAUGUUUACUAAUGGUUUAUUGGAAGCUGGUAAAAAAUCAAUUGAACUUCCUUCAGUUUCUCCUGAUGUACUUGAAAUACUUAUAAACUUUAUUUACUCCGGAGAAAUAAAUAUUUAUCAAGAAAAUGUAGAAGAAUUAAUGAUUGCAGCAGAUAUGUUAGAACUUAAUGAUGCUGUAAGUUGUUGUACAGAGUUUUUGAAAAGUGAGAUGGAUUCAUCUAAUGCAGUUGGGUUACUUCGAUUUGCAGACAUGCACAAUUUUACUGUCCUAUAUAAAUUAUCUGAAGAUUUUAUAUAUGGAAAUUUUGUUCAAAUUUGUGAAGAAGAUGAAUUAGGCGAUUUGUCUAAAGAUCAAUUUAUUAAGUUUCUAAAUAGUGAAUAUCUCUGUGUAGAUUCUGAACAACAGGUGUUUCGUGCGGCUAUGAAAUGGAUUAAACAUGACCUUUCUGACCGUCGUCGUUAUAUUUUUGAAAUUCUAUCAUGUAUACGUAUACCUUUAAUGAGUAUCCAAUUUUUAGAACGAGAAAUUAAUAAUAAUACUGAUGCAAGUUUAAGGGUUGCUCUACGUUCUAUUUAUACAGACAUAGCUGAACGUAUUGGUAAUUUAGUAGCUCUGGAAGUUGAACCACGAUUAGGAGCAAAAAAAGAUAUAUAUAUAUUAGGUGGAUCAAAAAGAGAAAUAUGCAGUGCUUGGUCUCGAUAUUCAGAAUCUACAUUUGAAUCUGUUGUUAAAUUCAAUACUUUUAGGAAAGAAUGGUGCGAUAUAAAACCAAUGAAUAUAGGUAGAAUCAUGCCUGGAGUAGCUAUUUUGAACGGGUGUAUAUAUGUUGUGGGAGGUGAAAAUGAAUCCCUCAUUUUGUCAAAUGGGGAGUGUUAUAACCCUAUUGAAGAUAAAUGGAGUUCUGUUGCUGGAAUGACAGUUCCUAGGUGUGAAUUUGGAAUGGCUGCUUUAAAUGGUUAUUUAUAUGCAAUUGGAGGCUGGGUUGGAGAUGACAUAGGAGGUUCAAUUGAAAUCUAUUCUCCAUCAUUAAACCGAUGGACAAUGUGCAAUAGUGUGCUACCUGAACCGCGAUUUAGUAUGGGAGUUGUAUCAUUUGAAGGUUUAAUUUAUAUUGUGGGAGGAUGCACUCGAACCAAACGACAUCUUCAAGAUUUAUUAAGUUAUAAUCCAGUGACUGGAGAAUGGUCAAUUUUGGCACCUAUGCUAGUGCCACGUAGUCAAAUGGGAGUUGCUGUUUUAGAUAAACAUCUCUAUGUAGUUGGUGGUAUUACCAGUAAUAAUGAAGUCUUAAAUUUAGUUGAACAAUAUGACUUUGAAGAAAAUACUUGGAGUUUUGUAACUCCAAUGAAGGGUAAACGUGCUAGUCCUGCUGUUGCUGCUGCUGAUGGAAUGUUAUAUGUAAUUGGUGGUGAUAUUACACAUACAAUUAACUCAUACAGGUCACACAUUACUAUUUCUUCAGUAGAAAGAUACAAUAACUCUACUUCACAAUGGGAAGAUCUCCCAUCACUUCCAGAAUCCAGAAGUGAAGCUGGUGUUGCUGUAUUGUAAAUUUUUAGCACAAAAUUAGUGUAUAUAUAUUUUUUAAAUUUAUGGAAGACUAAAAAUAUUAUGUUUAUU